CAACAUAGUUUGCUAACUCAUAUUUAUUUGAAAUAUGAAAAAUAAGAGUGAUUUUCAAACAUUUUAUUUUCUUGUAUUUUCGUCACCACCAUCUUCUUAUUAACUAUUAAGCUCCGCUUCAUUUCGUAAACACCACUAUUCAUUUAUUAGUUUUCUUCGUCGUUAACAAUUCGAUGUUUUUCUUAAACGAAACAAUUCAAUGUUUUCGAAAUCUACUUUUUUCAGUAAGUCUCCAUCGUGGCAACAAUUUUCUUCUAUCAUAUAUAAUCUCUUGGAGUACUUCACUUGAAGAUUAGAAAAAAAUGGUUAGGAGAAAACUUGGAAACAUAAUUAAGAUUUAUUUUGGUGUUGGAAACUUGAAACAACGAAUUUAGGAUUACAAAUAAAGAAAGGUGAGCUAAGAAAGAAAAGGGAGCAAGGCAAACAAAGAGAUACAGAGAGAGCGUGCAGACACGACAUGGACAAAAGUACGCCCCACGUUGGUAGUGGGCAAUGGUCGGUUGGUAAAAUGUUAAUUGUUUGAGUACCAAAACCGAUAAACCCUAAAAAUAAUCAGAUACCACUCUCCCCCUUUUCUUCAGUCUCCCUUUCCUUCCAAGACUCACUCUCUUCUGUAUUCUUUCUUUCCUCUGUUUUCUCCUUCUGCUCCCCUCUCCAAAUCUUUCGCUCUCCCAGCCAAAAGAUCGUUUCUUUUCUUCAAACCCAACCAAGAAAACAACCCCCUCUUUCUCUAUAACUAAUACCCAUAUUCCUUCUCACUUUGUGUUGUGGCUGCUUCUGAUAAGGAAACCCUGAUGAGGAAACUCUGUCCAAAUCUCGAUCGCGAAGAUGGGCUGGAGACGGUUUUGGAGGUCCCCAUCCCUGAAGAAAUGUUCAGCCCUUCGGGGCACAACAAGAAUUACUCGUGGCAGAGUAUGAAGUCCUGGAUGACGAGGCCCAACACAGCCGUCGCCGGCGGCGGGUAUAAUAGUGACCAGAAGGCUCAGUUGGCAGCAUUUGGGGAGAAGAGCACCGAGAUUCAGCUCCUGUUGGGUGUUGCUGGCGCCCCUUUAAUCCCUUUUCCUAUCAGCUCUGAUCAUCAGUUCGUUACCCGGAAUUUUAAGGACCAACCAAUUGAGUCAUCUAUGGCGAAAUACAUUGUGCAGCAGUACGUGGCGGCGGUGGGAGGGGAAACGGCUCUGAAUUCCGUGGAGAGCAUGUGUGCAAUGGGGAAGGUGAAAAUGGCUGCCUCGGAAUUUUCUUCCGGGGAAGGGACAACGAACAACAAGGUGGUCAAGGUGAAGAAUUCGAAAAGUGGGAGUGGGGAGAUGGGUGGUUUCGUUUUGUGGCAGAAAAGGCCCGAGCUUUGGUGUUUGGAGCUGGUUGUUUCAGGCUGCAAGAUCAGUGCAGGCAGUGAUGGUAAAGUUGCUUGGAGGCAGACUCCAUGGCACCAUUCCCAUGCUUCCAGAGGUCCCCCCAGGCCACUCAGACGCUUCCUUCAGGGUCUUGAUCCAAGGUCGACAGCCAACCUAUUCUCCAACUCAAUUUGUAUGGGUGAAAAGGCGGUCAAUGGCGAGGACUGUUUCAUGCUGAAACUGGAAGCGGACGCUUCAUCACUACUAUCAAGAAGCACCAACAACGUCGAGAUCAUAAGACACACAGUAUGGGGAUACUUCAGCCAACGAACAGGACUUCUAGUCCAGCUAGAAGACUCCCACCUCCUGAGAAUCAAAGCACCAGGAAACAACAGCGUGUUCUGGGAGACGACGAUGGAGUCGACGAUCCAGGACUACAGAACCAUAGACGGGAUCAACAUCGCUCACGCAGGGAGGACGAAGGUGUCGUUGUUCAGGUUCGGUGAGAAUUCAGAAAGCCAUUCCAGGACAAGAAUGGAGGAGGUGUGGGCGAUUGAGGAAGUCGAUUUCAACAUCAAGGGGCUGUCAAUGGACUGUUUCCUUCCACCCGGUGACUUGAAGAAGGACGAAGAAGAAGGGUUUGGGGUGAUGGGUAAGGGUAAUGAUGGUGAAAAGUUUCCUUCGAAGAUUCGAUCGGGUUCUACCAAGAUCAGUGCAUCUAAAGUAGUUGCUAUUGAUGUUGAUGUUCCUGAUAAUCCUGAAGAGAAUGAUGAUGAAGAAGAAGAUUGGUGAUAAACUGUUUUUUGUUCUUUUUUCUUUGGAUGGGAUGCGUGAGUUCUGUAAAUAUGGUUCAUUGCAAUCUCCGCGAUGAACACCCCAAGUUUUUGGCCUUUUAGCCUUAGCAUUAAACUCGGUAUUUCUACAUAUAAAGGAAAAGUUAUCAG